AUGAAACUGCUCUACUCUGACGUUUCGUAUUGUCACACCAACGCAGUGAAAAAGAAGAGCAAAAUUGGACCUUUUACGGCACUUUCUCACCCACUUGAGAUACACCCACUUUCCGAAAGAACAGAGAAGAGAAUGUCUUUUUGCCGCUGCCCCCGAUCAUCGUCGAACAAACGCCAAAUCUCCUUCUUCCUCGUGAUUGUUGUCUUUUUCCUCUCUCUUCAUUCUUCUUUCGCGCAAGAGUUUGAGGAUAAAGAGAAACUCAUGGACGAACUCGAUCGCUUGAAAACAUUCACGGAGACGAGAAUAAAAAACAAAGAGACGGUUUUACAGGCGAAAAAAGACGCCUGGGACAGAGAGGAGAAGUUGGAUAAGAGUUUGGACGGGUUAGAGUUGGAGGAUAAGCUGGAGAGGCAGUUUGAGGCGGAUUUAGAGCAAGUGAAAGAGCUCGGAGGCGUGGUUAACCGACGGAUGCUCAAAGAAGCUUAUUAG